AUGGAUGAGAUCGAGAAUAAACCUAACCGGCCUCCGAUGAAUCCCAAGUGGUCGGAGCUUUGUCAGGACUUGAUAAGAAGUGUUUUCGAACGACUGAGUUUCACAAACUUGAAUCGAGCAAAAUCAGUUUGUAGGUCGUGGAACUCUGCUUCGAGGCAAUGCGUCCCCAAGCGAAAUCAGAUUCCGUGGCUUAUAAUCUUCCCUCCAGAGAACCAAACCAACAUCAAUAUCUGUGACUUAUUCAUUCCAGAUGAUGAAGACAAAGUUUACAAGACUCGAGAUCUCCAUGUUGGCUUUGCACAGAGUUCUUGUCUUGCGACUUACGGCAGCUGGCUCUUGAUGUAUGACCAUCUCUGGAAUCUCUACGUUCUCAAUCCAUUGACGCUGGAGAGGAUUGAUCUACCACAUUCAGUCUCUAUCAUUCCUAAAAAUUUCAAAGGAGACAUGAGAUCCGUACCUUGUUACAUGAGAUCCAAAGCUUAUCUCUGGAUAGACGACAUAACCAAAGAUUACCUGGUUAUUUGGACCAUUCAUACCAAGAUGUUUUUUAUAAAGAAAGGUGAUAAGAAGUGGAGAAACUGUGGUCUCCUAGGAAAUUGUGAACAAAUCGUCUACAAUCGCAACGAUCACAAGUUUUACAUCACUUAUAGUCUCACUAGUCAGGUCACUGUUUGGGAUUUCUCUGGUGAUAUCCCACACAAUGAUGGGGAUCUUCUACCUUUUGUUCCCGUAUGGAUUGAGGAAGUUUACUGGUAUAGGCUCAGGUAUUGUUACAUGAGGACACAGAUUGCGAUCACAGUAUCUGGACAAGUUCUUUGUGUUGUCUGUAUCUUCUUGCAAGGCUGCGAAUGGCUGUUUCCCAUCUUCAAGUUAGAUCCUCUGAGGCAGAGAUGGGUACGAAUCGAUUCUUUAGGUGAUGAGGCUUUAAUCUUGGACAUGGGUCUCACUGUUGUGGCACAAGAUGUUCCAGGGAUUAAGAAAAACUCCAUUUAUUUCAGUGGCCUCGAUCAUCUUAGCAAGGAUCCCAACCUUGUAUUUGUCUAUGACCUCACCACCAAAACCAAGGAAACUUUGCCACAUUGCGUUUCCUCCUCCAUAGGCUUCUCUCAUGCUCGAUGGUUCUUCCCGGAUUAUACCGGGUAA